AUGGAUAAUUCCACAGUUAAUUAUUGUAAUAUGUUGGUAAAUAAAAUUUUCGGCUCCAGUAUUGAAAAAUAUUUUAAAAUAGUUAAUAUUUCUAUAAUCAUAAUUUUAAUGACAGUUUUACAUUAUAUAUAUUCCUUUAAUGAAAAUAGUAAAUAUUAUAAUGAUAAGGUUCUGUUAUAUAUGUAUUAUGGAUUUUUAUUUUGUGUUAUAUGUUUUGCUAUAAGUAUAAACUGGAUAUAUUAUGAAUAUAUGAAAAAUAAAAAAAAUAAAAAUACUCAACAAAUAGAAACUAGAGGUGAUAAAAAAAAGGAUUAA